GCGACAUGCUAAAGAGUUCAUUUUUUUUGGGUGCUGCUGCUAACAACCAGAACUGUCUGCAGUCUGCUAGAGCACCCAGAACCAGAGUUAUACACUAUCAAAGACAGCAUUUACAACAUAAAAAAAGAAAAUUUGGUGUUUUAUCAUAUGAAAAACAACAUAAAUAACACUAUUUGUCACAAACAGCAGCUUUUUAUGUAACUUUAAAGGGUUUUCUUUAAAAUGAUAUAAAGAUAUUGCAUUUAUUCCACUGUAUGUGGUUAUGGGAGCACUUCAAAUGUUUUUAGGCAGAAAUUGUAUACAAAAAGGGUAUUAUUCCUUCAUUCAGUUGGAGUAAAAUAACUUUUGGAUAGAUUAUGAUAGAGAAAUAAAUCCUUUUUCCUCUGUAAGCUGACAAUUGCUGGAAUCAUGCUAAGGCACCCAGGGCCAGAGUUAUACACUUUCAAAUAAAAACUUUAGAAAAAAAACAUCAAAAAGCGCCUAUUUAUUUUUGUGUUUAUUAGAGGACUGACAUCACAUACAACCAUGUUAAGCACUUUCAACAGUGUUUUAUGUAAUUUCAAAAGGUUUCCUGUAAAAUGAUACCAAACUUUUGUAUGUAAACCUCUGCAUGUGGGUAUGGGAAGCUUUUUGAAAUUGGGUAGGCCAGAUCCAGGCGAAAAUCCCCAAAAUAGCUUCAGGGUGGAAGAAGCUAGUAUAUUUUUCGACAAGGUAUUUGUUCACUUAGGUCACUUUAGUCACAAGUCAGAUCGAUAAACAAGCAAAGACCGGAAGUUCUGAACUUCGGUCUGGCCACGUAAAUGUGAUAACAUGCGUGCUAUCGAUGAAACCGUCUAAAAUGCCAAUAUUAAAAUAGAGAAAACAUUAAAUGUAUUUAAUUAAAAAUAUAUUUUUUAAAUGGUGAGCUUGUAAAAGUUUUUAUUUUUGUAAAAACAAAAAACAUUACUUUUAUACUUUUUUUAAGUAUUACAAAUAUUUUUACAAAUUAAAAACAAGCUAUACAUGCAAUAAAAUGUAAUAAUUAUGAAUAUUAAAAAAAUUAUGUUAAACUUUCUUUGUGAGAAUUUUUUGCUUUGUAUACCAUCUCUCAUGAAGUAUGCAGUUUUAUAAACAACCCUGUUUUGCUACAUACUCUAGUAAAGCAAUUCCAGCAUUGGAUGUGACAUUUGCAGUCAACACUUAAAAUACAUUUUCUAAGAGAAUGCAUUCAUUACCAAUAUUGAACCAUCUGUUUAUAUUUUCCUAAUCUCUUGAUAAAACUUUUGUCUACAUUUUGUUUUAAUUGAGGAAAAUAUCCAGAUGACAAAGUGACGCACGUUUUUGGGAGGCAACAUCCUUUGUAGGAUUUCUGUGAAUUGAAAUGCACAAACCAAAAGCAAUAAUACCCAACAAAUGGAGAAGGGAUGGCUCCUCAAAGAACAUAUAAUAUUUAUUUUAAUUAAAUUGCAGUAUGCGCAUUUAUGAGUAAGAACAUUAUGGAUGUGACAUUUCUUUUCUCUGUUAUGGACGUGACCAUUCUGAAAUUGGCACUAUGAAAAAUAAUAAAAAAUGUUUUACAAACUUAAAAAGAGACUGUAGGUAUUUAAACCAUACAUGGUUAAAAACGUUACCUUUCAUGAUAAGGUUGCCCAGUACAUACAGUAUAUAAAUAUCUACAGUAUACAUUUGCUAUAGUAAUGCAAAUUAUGCUUUUAAGAUGUAAUGUAUACAUUACAACACAUGGUGGCAGUAUAUUUCAAUAAAGCAAUGUACAGUAAGUGUCAGUCUUUCUAGUGUAACAAAUAAAAUAAUAGGCUAGCAGCUACAUAUGCAAAAUCACACUGGGUUUGUGAUCCUUCAUACAAUAGCCAGAUUCUUUCUGCAACACGUUUCAUUAAUAAAAUAUUACAUUAGCUGAUGUUAUUUCAUAGUUUUAAAGUACACUUCUGUUAUAUGAGUCUAAUUUAUCACAGCACAAUGCAGUAUCUUUAGGGACACCCACGCCAAUGUAAUGACAUUUAUAUAUUUUUAAAUAAAAAAAAACUAUUGAAAAAGCUUUUUGAUAAAUUCUUAUUAAAAAAUGAAUCCAGAAAUUGACAUUAAUAGCCAUGAAUGUAAAGUAAAAUGUAUUUAUUUUUGUUUUUUAAUCACUCAUCUAUAAAUUUUAUGAGGUGAUGACAGUGGUGGUGAUGAUGACGAAGGUAGUGACGAGUGUGUACAUCACUUCUGACCCACACUGUGAGUUUGAAUUCUUCAAGCUAACCCCCGUGUCCAAACACCCCUGAUAUUGGGUAGAAAUGCAGGGCUAUAUUUGGAGGAGUGUGAUGACAUCACAAGUGUCUGAGGGUAGGAGCCUAUAACAGAGGGGAUGGAGUGAGUGUAUGUGUGAACAACAUCGAAACAUCAGUACCUUUUCAAGUUGCUGUCCACUGGUUUAAAAACUGUUGUUGAAUAUUGAUAUAUCUGCCAUGUAUCAUCUAAAGCUGCCUGUCCAGGUUGUGCUCUUCUUUGUGAUAUUGCAUUGUGUUGCCACAGUUCCUCAUAAUAGGUACUUCCUCUCAUCUAAUGACAAGGAAGAUGACUUGCGAGAGGGCGAUGGCUGGCUGGACACAGAUCUGUCUAAUAAUCCCUUUGUGAGUUUCAUGGGACCACGUCCACAAAGAGGGCUGACUGCACUCAACAGUCAUCAUAUAGAAAAAAGGAAGUGCAAUACAGCCACUUGUGUCACUCAGAGAUUAGCAGAUUUCCUGGUCCGAUCCAGCAACACCAUCGGCACCGUCUAUGCGCCAACCAACGUGGGAUCCAGCGCUUAUGGCAAAAGAGACCUCCUUCAGCCAUCCAUUUAUGUACCCUUCUAGUUCAACGGCUAACCCUGGGGAACAGUAAAAAAUAAGUGUAACAUAGCUGAUAAAAUGAUUCUGUUUUAUAUUGCAUUUCACUUUUUUCUGUGUAAACCAUUUGAAAGCCAGUGCCUUUCAGUAUUAACAAUCAUUACGGCAUUCAGUUUCUGGUAAACCUUGCAUGAUGAUAAGGUUCGAACAGUGUCUUGCAAAACACUUUGACGUGAUGGCAUACAAGUAAAAUGUAUUAUAAAAACAUGAAUAUAAGAUUCACAUUUUGUUUUGAUUUUUGUAAUAAACA